CUGAUCAUGGCUGGGGUUAAGAACGGUACAGAAAUGGCGGAAGCAAAGGAAUUGCUGGAGUUUGAUAUGAAAAUCGCAAAACUGACUAAUAAAGUAUUGCCUCUGAUGCCUCACGAGUACGAAAACCACACGACCACUGUUCGUGAGUUUAUAAAAACGUACGACCUUUUCGACUGGAAGACUUUUUUUAAUUAAUGAUUUGGAAUCGGGCAAGCCGCAAAACAUUGGAGGAUGAGGACUUGAUCAUGGGCGAGAGUCCAAAGUAUCUAUCUGAAAUCAUAUCACUUAUUAAAAACUCUACUAAAAGACAAUUAGCUAAUUACAUCGUGUGGUAUAAUUUGAUGCAGUUCAACUACCACCCGGAACCUACGAGAGAUUCGAAUUAUUGUUUUAAUACAUUCAUGGCUCUGAAUAUGCCAGAAAUGUUGACCGCCUUAGCUGUAAAGACGAGAGACGAGUCUAACUAUAAAAUUGUCAAUAGUUUGAUGGAAAAUAUUGAGAAAGAGUUCGUAAACCAGAUAAAACUCUGUACUUGGAUGAAUGAGCUGACGAAGGAGAAAGCUUUGGAAAAGGUAGACAAUUUGAAACUCACUAUUGGAUUUUAUCAAUCCUUCCUCGACGAAGAUGCAUUAGACAAAUUCUUCAAAGCCCUUGAAGUCGGUGGAAACUUUUACCAAACCUAUCGAGAGAUUUGGAAGUUUAGGAUCAGACUUGAAACAGACUGCUUCAAACAAAACCUUGAUAGCAAAUUAUGCCGAUUCAUGGACUAUGGAGAACUAAACCUGUUUCGACCGAAUGUUCUGUACGAUCCUUUGGCCAACGAGAUAUUGGUUCCAGACUCUUUCCUCGGAGAACCGGUGAUAUCGUUGAGUUGGUCAAAGUACAUACACUACGGCAGGCUUGGCUUUGUUUUGGGUAAUACGUUAGCUCACUCUGUGGAUGUCAAAGGAGCGCAUUAUGAUCAACUUGGUCGCCUUAACUACUGGUGGGACUACGUAACUUCCACCAACUACCAGCAAGAGAUGAAAUGUGUCGACAAACAAGUUAAGAAACUACUGCCUCUUAAGGAAAGUACAAUAGAGACGUUGUACGACAGAGAAUCAACAAUUAGGAGUGUAGCAGACGAUGCGGGGAUAAUUACAUCAUUUAAAUCAUAUCGGAACAGCCAAGGAUGGAUUUCUGACCUGAUGUUGCCUACAGUGGACUACACAAAGGAACAACUUUUUCAUAGCCUUGGCCCAUUUAUUCUGCGAUGCCCAGAGAGUGCCGUCAUUUCCAGAUAG